GUCAACACUGUAUUUUUUUUUUUCGUUCUUUCUUCCGGUUGACAGCCAUAAGCAAGAUGCGUUCCGUCACGCUUAAGGAUGUUGAACAAGACAAGGUCGUCAAGACCGUCGCUGCCCACUUGAAAAAGACGGGCAAGGUCAAGGUACCAGAACACAUGGACCUCGUGAAGACCGCUCGCUUCAAGGAGCUGGCUCCCUACGACCCCGACUGGUUCUAUGUACGCUGCGCCGCUAUCCUGCGUCACAUCUACAUCCGGUCUCCAGUUGGAGUCAAGACCGUCACCAAGAUCUUCGGUGGCCGCAAACGCAACGGAGUCACACCCUCACACUUCUGCAGAUCGUCUGGCAGCAUCGCCCGCAAGGCGCUCCAGGCCCUAGAAGCCUUGAAGCUCGUCGAGCAGGUCCAGGAUGGUGGCCGCAUCCUCACCGUCCAGGGCAGGCGUGAUCUCGACAGGAUCGCCGCUCAGGUCAAGCUAAAGGCCAAGCAGGCGGCCAAGCAGCAAGUCAUCGUGCUACGAUUUCCAAUAUUUUUCUCACAGCGGCGCAGUCAGAUUCGUUUAGUACAAAACAAAUUACGAGUCUGUUCGGUUGGAUAUGCAGUGAGUGAUGACAAAAUGUUGGUGACACUUGAUCUACGUAUCGGUAUAUUUGCCGUUAUAUAUUUAUUUACUUGUGCGGUGUGCAUACAGUACGGAAGCCCUGGGAACACUUUAUACGUGGCAUCAGAGUCUCGAUGGGGUCCGGGUAAAACUGUUGUGAUAAACAGAGCUGAAGAGGAUGGUUCCAGUCUAGAAAGGAGAAAACGGGAUGCGUCGGAGUCAACGCCUCCCGCAGUUGAAAGGAACAUAACUACAUGGACUACACACCUAAAUGAUAGCCAUCAGCAACUCAUGGUACAUUGGGUGGGUGAGGGCUCCAAUGUUAUCAUCUGCCUAGCUCGGGACUCGAGCCCCAAGAGUAAGGGAGUGUUCUCACCGUCUGCCUUGUUCAUCUCAUAUGAUUAUGGGAAGAACUUUACCAAUAAAACGGACAUGUUCAAACUAGAUGACACUCCAAACAGUGGAUAUGCCCAGUUGGACAAGUUCUUCAAUCAUCCAAAGUACCCAGAAUUUUGUGUAUUUGUGGACUCCGCCAACAAGAAGUUGUUUUACACAAACGACAAUGGACAACACAUCAAUCGGUCAGACCUGGACUUUCACCCGAGCGAGUUGGCCUUCGAUGAGGAGUUUCCGAACAUAUAUGUUAUCUUGGAUAAAGUGGACUCUAAUAGAAAUCUAUACCUAACCAUGGACGGUGGUAAAUCCUUCAAGAAAAUCCAGAGCUACGUCAAAACCUUCAUCUGGGCAUCAGGCCCUGGUAUUCAGAAGACUUUCUACGUUGAGCGUUGGAAGCCAAAUGGUACUAGCACGGUGCUCAGUGCCAGUGACCCUACGGACUUUGAACAUUCCACCACGGUGUUCCAGGAUGCCAAGGACUUUCAGAUUAAGGGAGACUUCAUGUUUGCGACGAAGCUGAGUAAAGAGCGUAACACAUUGGACUUGUACAUCUCUCACAUGAAAGGUCCCUUCUACAAAGCCGAAUUCGAAACCGAACUGGACAUGAAGAAGUUCCACAUAGCCGACGUGACAGACAAACGUAUAUUCGUCUCUGUCAUGCACACGGAGAUCUUAGCGGAUCUGUACGUGUCUGAGAUUAGCAACGAUUUCACUCGGUACAACUUCAUGCUGAGCUUGGAGCAGAUUCUGUGCUAUUUCCCGGAUGGAAACUGGAAGGAUACUUGGCUAGAGGACAUGACAGAAGACCCAUUCACGGAUCUCUACCGCAUAGAAGGUCUCAAGGGCAUCUACAUAGCGUCCCGAGUAGACUCCAAGGCGCAAGUCUCCCACGUUGGCCCGGAGCACCUCAUAUCACUCAUCACCUUUGACCACGGCGUCACUUGGUCACCAGUCAACCCGCCAACUGAGGAUGAGAACGGCAAGCCACUCAACUGCCACAUCGCGAACUCGUGCAGCCUCCACUUAUGUCAGAAAUUCAGUCAACUGUACCCCGUGACGAGCCCUCCAAGGAAUGUACACGACAACCAAAGAUCGGCAAGCAUCAUGAGUUCAAAAUCAGCGCCAGGCAUCAUCAUGGCUACCGGAGUGAUGGGCAAGUCACUCAAGGGCAUCCCCGGUGUCUACCUCAGUCGGGAUGCUGGUCUCACUUGGAAGAGGAUCCUUAAGGACUACUACUUCUUUAACUAUGGCGACCAUGGAGGCGUUUUGGUGGCGGUGAAGUACUUUAAACUGAGAGGGGAGACGAGGAAGAUACUGUAUUCGACGAAUGAGGGGAUUGAGUGGAAUUCUUAUCAGUUUAACGCAGACGACCUUCGCAUAUACGGGCUCAUGACCGAACCCGGAGAAAACACCACUACCUUCACUAUGUUCGGCUCCGCCAAUGAGCAACACCAAUGGAUCAUCAUCACCAUAGACUUGAAAAACGCCUUCGCCAGAAACUGUACCCAGGAUGACUACAAAUUCUGGUCACCGUCUCCCCCUAACUCCUCAGUUUCCUGCGUAUUAGGAACCAGAGACACCUUCCAAAGAAGACUUGCUCACACGAAUUGCUACAACGGAAUUAAUUACGAUAGACCCGUAAAGAAAGAACUCUGCGAAUGCAGCAGAAGAGAUUUCGAAUGCGACGUCGGAUUCCAGUUAAGCAAUAACGCCUGCGUUAGGAAUAAGUCUGCCAAACAUGACCCCUAUGCUACACCAGUCCCAUGCCGCCCUGGUACGCUUUACCAAAGAACUAAAGGAUACAGAAAAAUCGAUGGCGAUGUUUGCAAAUCAUCUACCUACAUACCUUAUGCGCCAGACAUGGUACCUUGUCCAUUAGACGAACCGACAGAGUUUAUCCUAGUCGCUUUAAGAGAUAAGAUCGCUAGGAUUGAUUUAUCUGACAAUUCUACGCUAUUCCCAGUUAAAGGACAGAGUAAUAUAGUCGCUAUAGAGUUUGAUUUAAAGAACAAUUGUAUCUAUUGGGCUGAUAUUGAAACUGACAAAAUUAACCGACAAUGCUUCAACAACGGUACAGUUCAAGAAGUCAUUGUUGAUACGGACUUAGCGAGCAUCGAAGGAAUGGCUUUAGACUGGAUCUCAAAUGUUUUAUUCUUCGUCGAUGGAAUGAGAAAGAAAAUUGAAGCUGUCAGAACUGAUUUAACAAUCGCAGGACGAAUGAGAGUUACUAUCCUUGAUAAUAAAGUUCUAUCCAAACCUAGAGGAAUCGCAGUUCAUCCCAAAGCUGGUUACCUAUUCUGGACUGACUGGGAUCGAAGCAAUCCGACCGUAUCUCGGUCUAAUCUUGAUGGGAAGAAUGUUAAGAAGCUGUUCGGAAAGCCAAUAGUCCAAUGGCCGAACGGUAUAACUAUAGAUCAGAUGGCCGAGAGAAUAUACUGGGUAGACGCUAUGGAAGACUACAUAGCAAGCGCGGAUUUGGACGGCAGAUAUUUCAAGCGGAUUCUUUGGAGAGACGAGAAAGUAUCUCAUCCAUUUGCUGUCGCUGUUUUAAAAGGAAAGAUGUAUUGGGACGAUUGGAAAGCGAAGUCCAUAUUUAUUGCUGACAAAGAUUCUGGUGACAAUGUUAUAACGAUUAACAAUUCUUUCUCUGGUUUGAUGGUUAAAGUGUUCGCGCAUUUUGUACAGCACGGUAGUAACGCGUGUUCGUAUAAGAAUACUAGUUGUGAUACCAUGUGUUUGGGUGGGCCAGGGAAAGGGUUCAGCUGUCUGUGUCCAAACGGGUUUACAAUGACGAAUGGGAAGUGUAUGUGUUCGAACGGGUUGGAGCCGUCGGCUAACAUGACUUGUAAGAAGAAGGACGGGACUGCUUGUGACGCUGACCAAUUCACCUGCGCAAAUGGCCAGUGCAUCACAGCAUCCUGGCAAUGCAACGGCAACAACGACUGCGGGGACUUGUCCGACGAAAUAGGGUGUCCACUUUGCACCGCGCCGAUGUUGUCCUGCGAUGACGCGUCGCGUUGUUACCUACCGCAGUGGAAGUGCGAUGGGGAGGCGGACUGUCCCGACUUUAGUGAUGAGAGGAACUGCACUAGACCGAAUUGCACCGAGAGCCAGUUCCAAUGUGGCACCGGCAUGUGUAUCUACAAGAAGUGGGUUUGUGACGGGGACAACGAUUGCCACGACGGCUCCGAUGAACGCAACUGUAAUGAUACAUUUCGGAGAGUGCGCUGAGGAACUGUACAACUU